AUGAGUGCAUUUCCAAUUUUCAAAUACCAGCAACCAUCAACAAAUGCAUUUUUUAUGUUAUUUAAAGUAUUGUACCAACAGGUGCAGCAGGUGCUGGCACGGUAUGUCAUUAGUGCUGCAGCAGUUAUUGAUACGGUAAAUAUGUUUUGGUCAGAGCAUGCAUUGAUGGUGAGGUUUUGGCGUGGAACAUUAAAACAACCUUUUGCGGUACCAUUGUUCAAAGGAAUCUGGGGGGCUCAUCCAAGGUUCUUAAAUCGAACAGUUCUAGUGAAGAAUAACGAUGUCGAGUCAGCGUUUACGUUACUAAACAGAUUGAUGAGUUCCGAAGGAUUGAUAUCAUUGAUUCGUCGAACGCAAUUCUAUGAAAAACCUUUUCAACAACGAAAUCGUACAUCGAUGGAAAUGUCAAUUGCCAUAUUGAAAGAAGAUACACAAAGGAAGACGAAAUUCCUGGUUCGAAAGAAUCGUCUUGAUGCAUAUCCAGGCCAAUUUACUACUUAA